CCUUCAUGUCAUACUUUGGUCAUAAGCAUUUGAGUGUGCAUGUACUAGAUUGGCACACUGUAAAUGUCAGGGCUUAUGCGAUGUGCACUUGGUAUUUGAUUAAAUUCAUAUUAACAUCAGAAUCUUACAUUUUUAUAAACAUUGGUUCAAUGGGACUAUUAUUAUCAAGUUUCUGUGUGGGCUCUGUAAUAUGCAUUUGAGCAGAGCUGACCAACGAUUCUUCAAUUGUUUUUCCAUGAUGGCUCUAUGGCAAGCCAUAUCCUUGCUUGUUGUUUGUGGACUUAUUGAGUGCAAUGACAGUAUGUGCAAUGUGACCUGCACCACAGACUUCAUAUCUAUGCUGAACUGCUCUAAUUCUGACUUGGCAGGAACAGCAUCAUGUGUCAUUGUUGCAGAUUGCAGGGAUGAAUACAAUGCUGUAAAUGCGAGCUGCAGUAUCAAAUCACCACAAUCUUGGUGCACAAUGGAGUCAGAAGACCACGAAAUAAUAAUGACCUAUGAUACCAACUGCAGUAUAACAAUAACACAAAUGACCCAACAAGGAGGGAUAGAGAGCCCAUCAAAUCUCCACUCAAAUAAAAUGGUUCUGUACAAAUCUAUUAAGCUUAAGAAGCCUUUCAACCUAAGGAUUGAAGAAUUUGAUAUGGGUUUCAAUCUCACUUGGGAAGUGGCUUAUACAGAGCACGAGCUGUAUGAACAAUUAUACUACAGAGUACGAUUGCGAACUAAAGGUGACCUGGAGGAGAAGGAACAAAUUUAUGUUCUGCAACAGAACCAACAAUCCAUGGUUAUUAUCAGUGAAAGUCUCUUGCCAGGGAGGCAUUAUGUGGCAGAUAUCCAGGUUGCAGUGAAUCCUAGUUGGGUUAAAUCCAUGUGGAGUGAUUGGAGCAACAGUGUUGAAUGGACAUCUGAUGCUCCUGGGUUAGAACAGUACUAUUUCCUGUUGUUGAUGGCAGUCCCUGUUGUGAUGAUGGUGGUUCUCCUGUACAGUGGUAAAUUAGGAGGCAUCAAAAAGCUGACUUUAUGGCAACAUAUUCCAAGUCCUCAUGACUACUUCAAACCACUCUACCAUACAUAUCAAGGAGACUUUAAGAAAUGGGUAGGGCCAGUCCUGACCUUCAAUAACUAUGAUGUCCUUGAGAAGAGCGCAACUCUGCAGGUACUUUGUGACAAGCAGCAGAGUGAAAGCUCAGAGGAAUCUGGUAACCAUAGGAACAGUCAGCAAGACUCCAGCCCUUUCAGUCUGGCAAGUCAAAACUCAUCUAAACUCUACUUCCUUGGAAGCAAUAGUCAUGGUGUCACACACUCCGGUGGCCACAUAUCAAUGGACACCGUUACUGUAUCUGAUCAAGAGGGCAUCAUGGCCGACUGGUCUGGUGAGAGUCAUAGACGGAGCCUGGAGGACUUCCUCAACUCCAAAGAAGGCAAUCAGAUAUUGCUUGAGGUCGCUGAUGGGCAGCCUGGGGCUCUAGGGCCUGACAGGAGGGGAAGUUUACAAGCUUUAGACUGUGAUGAUUGGCAUCUACAAGAGCACGACCUGGAGAACAUUGAACAGGUCUCUCUGGACUCUUAUAGUUCUAACGAGCAAUCUGAUGAUGGUUACCCUCAAAUGGGAUUGGAUUUAGACACCAUAGACAGUGGCUUUCUGGAGUCAGACUGUUCUAGCCCCUCAGCAUUUGAUGGUAACGAACAGAUAGAGACUUCCUCUCUGGACGGCGUGGAGCGCUUUCAUUCAAAUUAUGUCAAACAGUGGGUGGCUUUUACUGCAGUCCAAGUUGAUACCCAAAGCACUGGAAAGUAGCUGGGACUGUCCACUACCUCAAAUGGAACCAAUCAGCCAAAACUGAAUAAUAAACUGUACAACAUGGAAGCUUGUACAAAUAAGGCUGAAGACAUCACUGUUUGGACCUAAUUUGCACAUAAGUAUAGCCUAGCAAGGCACAGGUUUGGCAUGUGAGCUGUUUCUUCAUUCACUGAGCUGUAUUUGUGGUCCAAUUCUGAAAAAAUUUCAAACUUGUAUAAAAAUUUAUUUUAUGCAUCUGUCAGCUAUAUGAUAUGCAAAGCAUAAUUUACAGGACGCUUGUCUACAGCAAGAUCCUGAGGGCUAUAUAGAACAGUUCGUAACAAUUACAUCCCAAUUCGUAUACUAUCCAUUCUAUUGUAUAUAGUAUGUAAGACUGUGUCCCAAAUUACUGGUGCCUGGAUGGGGUACUAUUUCUGGUGUUUUUUAAGUAUGCAUUUGUGUGUUCUUUUUUAGCAAACAUUCCCCACGAACCUUGGGGGGUGUCCAGUGUCUCUCCCCAACAUUUAUUUCUAUCAUAGUUUUUAUGGCCUGGCACCAACUCAACUGUGGGAAAAAAAGAGUUUGCAAAAGUUGUCUUUCAACUUUUACUAGACAAAAGCAGAGGUGUAAAAUUGCAGUUUUAAAAUGUAUGAACCUAAAAGUAACUAUGAUGUUAAAUAUUGAAUUUAGCGACAUGCUAGCACAUACAAACACAAAGAGUAUGCAACAAUAAUAACAUGAUCACACGGAAAAUCGACCUGUUGCUUCCUAAUGCUCAUGUAUCCUGAAAUAAACCCUAUUCAGUAAUUUCAGUAAGCACAGAUCGAUUUCAGCAGCACAACUGCCGAAUUCACAGUGUGAUCAACAAAAGUGGUCUGUGGUGUCAAGACGCAGUUUUAUGAUAUGGUAGUAUGACCCAAUAUUUCCGUACUAUCUUAUACUCAAAAGUAUGGACUUUUCCAUCACCAGCUGAAGCACAUUUAGUGCACAGUGGAAUUAUGUGAAUUGAGAUGCAGGCAAUACAUUUUUGUACUAAUUAUCAAUUCAGGUUAGACUGAGGGGCGAAUUCACUAAACAAUUGUGCCACUUUUGUGCAUGGUAUUUCACGGCAAAACCAUAGUCAUUGUUAUUCCUUUUUGUGCAAACAUGCCUCCUUUCUAUGUAAAUUAGGCUUAGAUUGCGCUUCAUUCACAAAAAUUGUCUGCCGCAAUUUUCAUCACGCCAAGGGCGUAAAUUUGGUUUGAAUAUUGGGGGGGUUGUAUUGUGAAGUGGGAGGUGUGGGGGUUGUAUUUGUAUUGUACCCCCCAUCCCCCACAGAAUCUACGCAGGUUGUAGGAUCUUAUGGGCAGGAGAAUUAUUAAUUGCCAUGCUCAGAGGCCAGCAGUCACAAGGAGCCAAGGAGUCUAGCUGAAACCUGCAUCUGGCCAAUAAAAUGGUCAAUGAACAAAGGGCAGAUCUGUCCGAACACACUCUUAGAAGAAACCCCACAACUGGCACACACAUUUCAAGAGAUAGAUAAAGUACUAUCGCCUUGGAAACCCCAUGGAAAGCUAAGCUACUCCUUUGUCCUUCGACUCAAUUUAACACACGAACACUUAAAAAUGAGACAUUUUAUGUGUCACAUGCUAAAACUCAUUACCAAGACACAGAGCUAAAGCAGACUCCCUUAUGAGACCCUCAUGUUUGCAAUGGACGACACAAUUCUAAUACUAAGACAUCUCAUCUUAAUUCAUGAACAUUUCACACAAAUUCACAGUACUUUGCUGACUUAACCCUCUAAAAUGCACAGAAUCUACCUUUUUCUACCAAAAUUUACACAAUACUUAGCCUUGCUAGAUAAUUCUGAAAAUGAUGUUAUGACCUGUAAUCAAUUUACUAACUGACAAAUUCAUGAUCAUAAUCUUUAAUCUUGUCUAAUUCAUGUCAUAUUACUAGAAUGGUAACCAUUCAUGAUAAAGCACAUCAUGUUUACUAUCAUUGAGAUUCUUUCUGCAUUUCAGGAAUGUUUAUGUUAAUACAUUUUUUAUAUAUUCAGUUGCAUCCGAGAUAUAUAAAAUGUAUGAUUAAAACAUGUACUUUUUGAGUGGGAAAACAGGAGUCUUCACAGACAAAGGCUCAUCAAUAACCUUCAGAAGGAGGGACAGAAAUUACAAUGUGACCCCGCAGAAGACAUUUCUGAUUGGCUCAAAUCACCUUUGGCUGCACGCCAACCUCAACAGUACAAAGCCUCCCCACCAUGGUAGUUCCGUUCUCUUCCUCUCUAACUCUUCAGCUCUUUUCAUCCUCCACGCUCUUGCCCUCGUGGCUCUUAGCCCUUGCUCGGCGCCCCUCUGUCUUCACAAAAUGAAGAGUUCAGGAAGCUUGGAACGCAAAGUUCCAAAAAGAGUUCUCUUCUCUGUGCCAUGACUCACACACGUGAUGGGGAGUCGUGAGUCUCCCUCGCGGAAGGCCUCACUCCAAAGCCCCGCCUCUUCAUUCCAGCAACAAACUGUCCAUGAUCUUAACAGAGGUCCAAAACAUCGACGGAACAACCAGAAUUUCUACUGACACAGCCAAAGAAACAAAGCAAUGCAAGGAAAUGCAACGACACGGAAGUACUCUCCAGACUUUUGUUGAAAGUGCUGUUGUUUUAUUUAAAUCGAUAUAAUUCAGUAUAAUCAAGGUAUACUGAAAGAAGUAUUGAAUGGUUCACAAGGCAAUGUCUAUAGACUCCAUGUAGUUCAAUUUCUCUGUACAGAUCAUUCCAUUCACCUUCUGUUACAGUUCACUUACCAACCUGUUCAUGUUUGUCUAAAUGUGUUAGUUUUAUGUUAGAUUAGCAAUAAAGUCUUGUUUGUGUCCAAAGCUAAUUUUGACUGUGGUAUAUUUUGAUAAAUAAUCUCGUCUCUUCAUUUUUCAAAGAUCUGCGCUCUGAAGCUCGAACCAUAUCUAAAAUAUUUGUGAUAUUAUUUUCAACAAGCCAUGAGAAUAGUAUUAUUCCAAUAAGUGAAUUAAUCAUAAUUCCCUUAUUAAGCUAUUUCCUUAAAUAUUAUUAGCGAUCGGAUAAAACGAGUCAUUGUAUAACGAUUUGAAUGGUGGAGAAUUUAUUCAGACAAAUAAUCUAAUUAUUUGUCAUUUAUCCUUCUUAUAAUGGUGAUCGAAAGCAGCUAAUUCUAUUAUAAAAUUCCUUACAUAUUAUGGUGAAGGUACAGGGACACUUUAAUGCAUGCUGUGUGUAUUUAUAUUACCAAAUUUCCCUAGAAGGUGAUAAAAGGGAUUUUCUUUAAAAGAGAUGUUUGUAUACAUUUUCUAUCAAUCUUAUCAGCAGUAAUUAAUCUACAAAUUAUCAAAUGGAGAAGAGCUUUGUUGUCACAUCAUCCUUCGUAGUCAUCAUUAUCCAUCGUCCUUAUGUUUGCAAAGAAUUUUAUGUUGACAUUCACAGUGGACUCUUAUUUUGAAAUGUAUUUUUGCCUUCAUCAUGUCUGGUUUCCUGGUUCCCUUCCUCAUUGUUUUCAGCUGUGUCUAGUUUAGCCCAUGUGUAUUUAUACCCUCAUGUUUCUUUUGUUCCUUGUUGGUUCUUGUUCGUAUGUAUUGUGAUUAGCCAGCAUACCGCUGUGGAGUUUGAGUUACCUUCUUCAUAUGUUUACCGCCUUCAUUGAAUCCUCUUCUUUUGUUUAUUAUUAAAGUUUUGCUAUUGGAUCCUCACUCUCUCGCUUCUUCCCUGCACAAACUCCUGACAGAGGAACCAACCACAUUAUGGAUCCAGCAGAACUGAUUGAGAGAUUGUCACAAUGGUCCCCUUCUGCAGCUGAGUACUGCCUCAAAUUCGUAUGGCCACCCAAUUGAACUGGUGUGAGAGAUCCCUCAGAACUAUGUUCUGGUUGAGACUCAAUGGCUGGGUGAGGAAACUGGUCCCUUUGGACUAUGAUUGUCUGUCUCUUCAGGAUUUUCUCCGAAAUUGUUAGGGCAGACCUUCUGCUCUCAGCUCCAGUUUUCCGGAGACCACCUGGACGGAGGCCCCUCUGCUUCUAGCUCCGGUAGUUCCAGAGAUCCCCUCAACAGAGGCCCCUCUGCUCUCAACUCCGGUGGUCCAGGAGACCCCCACGACACUUUCGGCCAUGGAGGCCAAUCCCCUGCUGUUGUCAGCCCCCACACCAGCCACGGUCAACGAGCCAGCGGCCACACCUCCCCGAGCCUGUCAAGUUCCCUGAGAUUCUGUCUUCUAUGGCUCCGCUCCUCAAGUCAAGUCCCACGGCUCUGCCAUCCAAGACUCUUCCUCCAGUGGCUCUGCCCGCUUCCUCUUCUGAUAUUCCUCCUCCAGCAUUUCCGCCCGCUCCUCCAGUGGCUCUGACCGCUCAACCUCAAGCAGAUCCGCCCACUUUUUCUUCUGAUACUCCUCCUCCAACAUCUCCUGAACCACCUACUGCUCCACCCCCUGCGGCUACGCCUCCAGAGACUCAAUUCCCUGAGCUUCUAGCAGCUCUGUCCACUCCUCCUGAGACUCCAGCAGCUCUGUCUGCUCCACCUCCUGUGGCUCCGCCACCUGCCUCCUUUCCUGAGCUGCCUAUGGCACUGCCCCCCGAGUCUCUGUCUGCAGUUCUGCCCCCUGUGGCUCUGCCUCCUGCGGCUCCGCCUCCUGUGAUGUCAUUCCCUGAGACUCCUGCGGCUCUGUCUGCUGAGCCUCCAGUGGCUCUGCCUCUUGUAGCACCGCCCCUGAACUUCCCAUGGCUCAGCCUCUUGAGCCUCUGCCUCCUGCAGCUCUGCCCCCUGAGCCCUUGCCUCUUGCAGCUCUGUCUCCUGAGCCUCCAUCCUUGGCAGCUCUUCCCUUGGAGUCUCUUCCUUCAGCAGCUCUGUCCCCUGGGCCUCUGCUAAACCAUUCUUAGUGAAUUCCCCCCUAAGACUUUGAGAAAUUAAGUACUUUUAUCUCCUUUUCUCCCAAUUUGUAAUGCCCAAUUACCACUACUUAGUAGGUCCUCGUGGUGGCGCGGUUACUCACCUCAGUCCAGGUGGUGUUCUUGUGUUCUGUAAUAGCAAUCCUCUUUUUGAAACAGACACACCAUUAGAUUAUCAUGAAAUUAUUUCAUGCACUCUAUUAUGAUGAUCUGAUUAUUUAUUACUCUUGGGGAGAUCAUUUAUUUGUUGAUUACAGACUUUAUUUGGUAGUGACAACUAGAAUAGAAGGUUUGAAAGUAAACUUCAUGAUCAUUUGACAAACACAUGAUUAUAGUGGUUUUUGUGCUUUUGUUUAGCCUUUAAAUUUUACAGUUCAGCCCAUUCAGCAGUCAAUGUUACUGGUGCUAGCUUGACUUUUCUGGAAACAUCCAUGUCAGUAUUGAAUCGAACCAUCAGUAUGCAUACCAUUAUUAGUUUAAAGGUUUUUAAUCAAUCUGUUUAAAGUUAUAUAAAAAGCCACAAUAGUGUCAAAAUAUGGAUAGAUAGAAAAAAUUGUUGAGAGUAUAUGCCCAUAGUUAAAUAUGCAUUCCUUAUGAAAGCCACCAUCAGUCUGUACAGCAGAAAUAUUAAAAAAGGAAAUGAAAAGUUGCAACCAUCUAAGACAACACCAAAAUUAGUGGUGUAGGAAGCCACCAAUGAAAUAAUUAGUUCAUUGUUUAUCUUUUAUCUAUUAAAGUCACUGCAGAAAAAUGUCCUAAAUGGAACAGUAUAAAGUCAUGUCAAGGUUCAUUUUAUGGCUUGAAAUAUUCCAGAGUUUUGAUUAUUUUUAAAAAUUAGUAUUGUAAAAAGGUAAACAAAGAUUAGAGUAACUUAAAUGCUGUUAAACCAACAAAGCAUUACUUUUCAUUUCAAUUCAGAGUUUCCCUUUGAUAUAAUCCCAUAAAUAAACUCAUUCGUUCAACAGGUACAUUACAUUGUACAUUGUUGUAUAUAUUGUUUAAAAUCCCUUACACAAAGAUCACAUGAAUUUAAUGUGUGUGAUGCCUGGUUAACUAAUCAGAUCAGAGAUUUUAGAUAGAGUUAAGACCUCCAACAUAAACAUGAACUGCUCUGUAUAUAAAGCUGGCUUGAUAUGUCUGCUGCUCUGCACUGUCUCAGACUUCACCUUUCCAGUUAUGUAAUAUUUCUCAAAUGCGGCAGAAUUAGUGUGGUAAAUUAAAAUAACUCUGGUCUAGCAUACCGUAUGACAUCUGUAAGAUUUGCACUCAUAACUCAGAAAUGUAUGAUACAAAUAUUUAAAAAAAUAAAUCUUGAUUUAUAGCAGAUUUACAUCUUGGGUGAUUUGAAUUAUUGUCUUCAUGUUCAUUAAAACACUUUGAGAAUUAACACCUGACCUUGCAAUUGUGUAAUAUUAAUUGCAUCUCCCUAACUCCCUCCCUUUAUCACUGUCACGACUGCUAUGUUGAUCGGAACUGCAUUCAAGAAUUUCACACACCAUUGCACUUGUGUAUAUGUCUGUGUGACAAUAAAAGUGAUUUGAUUUA